AAAAGUUUGUUUUGAUUUGAUUUUAAAUGUUUCUAAAUUGAAAUUCAUUGAUUGAAAUAAUUAUUAAUUGGGUAAUGUUUUUACUCUUAGAACAAAUUUAAAUAAUAUGGAAACAAUACUACAAUCUGACGAAUUUGCAGAGGAUAAGGAAAAUGUCCCUGUCACAAAAUGUGGAAUUUGUGGGGCUCUCCACUAUUAUCGAGAGUGUGGAUAUGUUGUCAUUAAUAAUAAGAUAUUGGACACACCAACUAUCCCAAAAGCCAUCCAAUCCCUACCGAACAUCUUAAAACUCACAAAACUGGGCGACGAAUCUACUUCGGUAUUUGCAAAAUCAUUGAUCGAAGUGGGAACGGAAUUUGGCCCUUUAGUAGCCAAAAAAAGUCUAACUUUGAAUCCUGAAACCCUAUUUUCCAUUAAAGUAUUUAGUGAACAAGAAGCGGAUUUAACUGAGUAUUAUUUAGAUUGUACUGACGAGCAUGCAUGCUGUUGGAUGAUGUUUGUUAAACCUGCCGAACAUGUUGGUGAACAGAAUUUAUUAUGUUAUCAGGAACAAAAUGACAUUUAUUUUGGAGCUAUCAAAGACAUUGAGCCUGGAGAAGAAUUGAAAGUCUGGUAUUCGCCUUAUUAUGCCUCGAAAAUGGGAAAACAUUUACUCAGUUUUGAUGUCACAAUUUUACAAGACAUUGAACCAGUAAUAGAAUCAGACCCAAAGGAUUUGAACGUUUUAGUAAACGAACAACAAAAAAUCGUACCUCGUGCUGUAUGGAAUUGCAAGUUUUGCUACAAAUUGGAAAAAAACGUCACAGAUUUCGCCAAGCAUCUUAUAGGCCAUUAUUGUAUGAGGCAAAAGAGAACGUGCGAAUUUUGCAGUGUAUCUUUUAGUUAUAAAGCCGAUUACGACAAACACUUGAAACUCCACAAACAAUCCAGCCUUGAAAAUUCCAAUCCCGAACCUAAAAAAAACCCAUCAAUUCUCCAGUGCCCCGAUAGUUUCGACAACUCGAAUUUCCUGUUGCCCCAAAUGGAAUUGAACAUAGUGAAUCUGGAAAAUUUAGAAAAUAAUUUGUUGUUGGACGAUAAUUUGCGCCUCAACUUGGACAUGGAUGUAACUGGGGAAGAAUAUGAUAAUAAUAGAGUUGAGGAUUUGGUUUGCGAUAUUUGCCUGAAGAAAUUCAAAAGCAAACCUUUACUGGUGGCACAUUUGAGGAUGCACCUUGGGGCUUUUUAUUGUGCUAGUUGUAAUAGAGUAUUUGGUAGAAAAGAAACCCUAAAACACCAUAAAUGCACCACGUCCUUUUUCCACAAAUGCCCAAAAUGUUCCAAAACGUUUUCGCAAAAAAAACGUUUAAACUUUCACAUAAAAGCAUUCCACGAUUUGAAAUAUUCGUGUCCCCACUGUCAUAGAAAAUGCUUUGGCCAAACCGAAUUGAAAAAUCACGUGUGCGCAGAAGACCCGAAUAGAAUCCUAAAAUGUCCCACUUGUUCCAGAAACUUCAGCAACGAACGUAGUUUCAGAUUCCAUAUGAAAAUGCACGAAACAACUUACGGGCCUGUAAGGUACGUUUGUUCCGAGUGCAGCCAGCUGUAUUCUUCUAAAGUCAUUUACGAAAGGCACUUGAAGACUGUGCAUUCGCAAAAUAAGCAAUUCACUUGCCAAAUUUGCGAUAAGAAAUUCGCCAGGAGGGAUAUUUUGAAUACACAUUUGUUGGAGAUUCAUUUACAGGCAACCUUUGCAUGUAAAUUUUGCGAAAAACCCUUUACCUCUAAGCGUAACCGCGACUGUCACAUAAGAAAUAUACACACCAACCAAAAAACUACAAAAUACUCUUGCAAAGAGUGCCCAGUCCAGUUUACCUACAUGCGCAACUUACAACGUCACAUGAAAUUGAACCACACUUACAGCAAAGAUGUCAAAACUGGGGAAAAAAUCAAGUGUUCCCUCUGUCCCAGGGAAUAUAAUUAUUUCAGAUCGUUACAGGCACACACGAAGGCCAAACAUUCUCAACAGUAUUUCAAUGAGAAAUUGCGAUCCAAUAAGGACGACGGGUCUAUUCAUUGUCCAGAGUGUUGGCAAAAGUUUCCCAAAAGGAAAAUGACGAGCUUGAAGCGGCACGUUUGGAAUCAGCACCGGCAAAGAUUCGAUAGUUUCUGCCAGGAGUUCAACUUAGAAAAUGAAUCAAUGUUCCGUUGUCCAUUGUGUCCUAAAGAAUUUAUAGUAAAGGAUUCACUCCAGAGACAUUUAAAAACUCAUAACAACAGUGAACUCAAUGCAAUUAUUCCAAAAGAAGCACCAAUCACAGUACAAAAAGCAAGCAAGCCAAAUACAAACAACGAGACUCAUAAAGAAACUUGUCUGAUUUGUGGGCACAAAUUUAAACUGAAUUCUUCACUGUUACGUCAUAUGAAGCAGAAACAUCCAUCCAAGGAAAAUCCAAAUAGUACCCUAAGCAAAAAGGCAGAAGAAAAGGAAACUAAUUUACUUGGCGAAGAAGAAUUCGACAACUACAUGGACCUGCAAAAAACUAUCGAAAAUAUGGACUUUAACGUUGAUAUGGUCAACGACAAUCAAUUAAGUUGCAACGAGUUUAUUGAUAAGUUUUUGAAAGAGAGCAGCGACCAAAUUUCUCUAUUUUUGACUGACAGUCCGAAAUUACCAACGCCUACAGUCAAUGUUGACGACCAAAACCAAAAGAAAGAUAUUAUCGGUUUAUCGAUGCUGGAUUUUCCCGAUUUGGACUUUUCCGAAAUAGAACUGGAACCUUUAGGUCCUUCAGGAGGUCGUACCCCAAUGCCCAGUAUCGAUUCGUUGAUUCCAGACGUUGUGCUGUAUCUCCGCAACGACAAAUAAAUACGAUUGAUUCAUGAAAUAAACGCACUUAAAGAAAAAAAAGUUUAUUUUACAAUUAUUACAAGAAAGGACGUGAAGAACCAACAGCCAAAAACCUUGGCUAAUCUAUGGAACAAAUAAAUAUACAUAUAGAACAGAAAACAAAUGAGAACUACAGCCUGUACAGGACACAAAAAAACAAUCUCAAGCACUUAAUAUCAGAAUCAAGAAAACAAUACGAAGAAAACUUCCUAGCUUAUGAAAAGCUGCAGACAUGAAUGUAAAAUCCGUUUUGCUGUAAAAUUAACAGUUUAGGUUUUACAUCCUCUCAAAGUUGCAAAAAAGUCAAUUUUCUACUGUCAUUAUUUCCAAAACAGUGGAAGAUAGGUAUAUGACACUAUG